AUGGAGCCAGAAUACCAGUACCUAAAUGGACUUCUCAAAUACAAGUCAAGGAUGUAUAUUGGUACUGGGGGAGGAAUAAGGAAGAAGCUAAUUGCAGCCAUACACUCAUUGCAGGAAGGGGGCAUUCAGGAAUACAGGCUACCUACUUCUGGAUCAAAGAAUGUGAUAUUCGUGGUGGUGGACAAGUUCACCAAAUAUGCUCAUUUCUUAACUCUCUCACAUACAUUCACAGCCCCAACCAUCGCCAAGUUAUUCCUGGAUAACAUCUACAAGUUGCAUGGAAUGCCUCACAGCAUUGUAGAAAUACUGAACCAAUGCCUUGAAAUGUACCUAAGAUGCAUGGUUUACAAGCAACCAAAACAAUGGAUUAAGUGGAUUAGCCUAGCUGAAUGCUGUCUUAUAUGGUAUCAAACCCCCAAACUAGCCUUGGGGCCCUAUCAGCAAACUAACAUUGCUUCAGUUGAAGAUAUUUUGCAAGAAAGGCAGAAGAUAGAUAAAAUGCUAAAAGAGAACCUUGCCCAAGCCAAUGCCAGGAUGAAGCAUUAUGCAUAUCAACAUAGAAGUGAAAAGGAAUUCCAAGUUGGGAAUUGGGUAUAUUUAAAGCUUCAUCCAUAUGCUCAGCAAACUGUAACAAGGAGAUCCAACGAGAAGCUAUCCGUAAAGUAUUAUGGCCCUUACAAGGUAGUGCAGAAGGUUGGGAAGGUGGCCUAUAAACUGAAGUUACCUGCUGCAUCUCAAAUCCAUCCUAUUUUUCAUGUCCCUCUACUGAAAAAGAAAAUUGGGGAGAAGGAAGUUCCAACUGGUUAUUCGAAGGGGGAGGGAUGUUAUGGUGAUGGCACGAAGAGAGAGGAACAACCGAGCUGGGGAGGAAAAGGGAAGAGAAGUACCAGACCAAUGAAGAAGGAAGAAGACGAGGUUAAGAUUUGA